UGCGGUUGCACGUCUCACGGCGCAUUCAUUCCGGUGUCUGUUAGCAUUUAGCUUGUUGGUAGCAUCACCUGCGCUCACUGAAAGGAGCAACCUGGUAGAUUUGUGUGAUGAUUCGCUGAAAAUUGGCCCUUUUGUUGCUGCAACCAUGGCGCUUUCGAUGGAAACGCAGCUCCAGAGCAUCUUUGAGGAUGUUGUGAAAACUGAGAUAAUAGAAGAAGCCUUUGCUGGGAUGUUUAUGGACACUCCAGAGGAUGAGAGGACGAAACUGAUCAGUUGUCUUGGAGCCUUCAGACAAUACUGGGGAACGCUACCACAGGAGUCCCAUGAACAGUGUGUGCAGUGGAUCGUGCGGUUUAUACACAGCCAGCACAGCCCCAAAAGAAUCUCCUUCCUCUACGACUGUCUCGCGAUGGCUGUGGAGACCAGUCUGUUGCCGCCCAGGAUGGUGUGUGUCGCCCUGAUAAGCUCAGACAAUUUGGAGUGGGAGAGGACUCAGUUGUGGGCCUUAACUUUCAAACUGAUUCGAAAGAUCAUCGGAGGGGUGGACUACAAGGGCGUUCGAGACCUGUUGAAAGCUGUACUGGAUAAAAUUCAGACCAUUCCUACCACUAUCAGCUCAGCUGUAGUACAGCAGCUGCUGGCUGGCAGAGAGGUGGUAGAGUAUAUACUGGACAGAAACGCCUGCCUGCUUCCAGCCUACUUCGCCGUCACAGAAAUCAGAAAACUGUAUCCAGAGGGACAACUGUCACACUGGCUGCUAGGCAGUUUGAUAUCAGAUUUUGUGGACAGCUUCAGACCCACAGCCAGAAUCAACUCUAUCUGUGGUCGGUGCAGCCUGUUACCGGUCGUGAAUAACAGCGGGGCCAUCUGUAACUCCUGGAAAUUAGACCCCACUACCCUCCGCUUCCCUCUGAGAGGCAUGCUGCCAUUUGACAAGGACCUGUUUGAGCCACAGACGGGUUUGCUGCGCUACGUGUUAGAACAGCCGUACUCUAGAGAGAUGGUCUGCAACAUGUUAGGACUCAACAAGCAGCAUAAGCAGCGCUGCCCCGUGUUGGAGGAGCAGCUGGUGGACCUGGUGGUCUACGCCAUGGAGCGCUCGGAGACCGAGGAACACUUUGACGCAGACAUUGGAGGAACUAGCCAGUUGCUGUGGCAGCACCUCUCCUCCCAGCUCAUCUUCUUUGUGUUGUUUCAGUUUGCCAGCUUCCCACACAUGGUGCUGUCGUUGCAUCAGAAGCUUGCAGGUAGAGGUCUUAUUAAAGGGAGAGACCACCUGAUGUGGGUCUUGCUGCAGUUCAUAUCAGGAAGCAUUCAGAAGAACGCCUUAGCCGACUUCCUGCCUGUCAUGAAGCUCUUUGACCUGCUGUACCCAGAAAAAGAGUGCAUUCCAGUUCCUGACAUUAACAAGCCCCAGUCGACUCAUUCCUUCGCCAUGACGUGCAUCUGGAUCCACCUGAACCGCAAAGCUCAGAACGACAACUCUAAACUACAAAUACCCAUACCGCAUUCUCUGAAACUACACCACGAGUUUCUCCAGCAGUCGUUGCGUAACAAGACCCUGGGCAUGUCCGACUAUAAGAUCGCCCUGCUCUGUAAUGCCUACAGCACCAACUCUGAGUGCUUCACGCUGCCGAUGGGCGUCCUGGUAGAGACCAUCUACGGAAACGGAAAUAUGAGGAUCAACCUGCCCGGCACCAACUGUAUGGCAUCAGGAUCUGUCACCCCGCUACCCAUGAACCUGCUGGACUCACUCACUGUACAUGCGAAGAUGAGUUUGAUCCAUAGUAUCGCCACGCGGGUCAUAAAGUUGGCCCAUGCUAAAUCCAGCAUCGCCCUGGCCCCUGCGCUGGUUGAAACAUACAGCAGACUGUUGGUCUACAUGGAGAUCGAGUCCUUGGGCAUCAAAGGAUUCAUCAGCCAGUUGUUGCCCAACGUGUUUAAGUCUCACGCUUGGGGAAUCCUUCACACGUUACUGGAGAUGUUCAGCUACAGGAUGCACCACAUCCAGCCGCACUACAGAGUCCAGCUACUGAGUCAUCUACACAAUCUGGCUGCUGUGCCCCAGACCAACCAGAACCAGCUGCAUCUAUGUGUCGAGAGCACAGCUUUGCGUUUGAUCACAGCGUUGGGUAGUUCGGAGGUGCAGCCUCAGUUCACCCGCUUCCUCAACGACCCGAAGACGGUUCUGUCGGCCGAGUCUGAAGAGCUGAACCGAGCCCUGAUCCUCACCCUGGCCAGAGCCACACAUGUCACUGAUUUUUUCACAGGGUCCGACUCCAUCCACGGGACUUGGUGUAAAGACAUUCUCCAGACCAUCAUGGCCUUCACACCUCAUAACUGGGCUUCACACACUCUGUCCUGCUUCCCUGCUCCACUACAGGCGUUCUUCAAACAGAACAACGUUCCUCAGGAGUCCCGUUUCAACCUGAAGAAGAACGUGGAAGAAGAGUACAGGAAGUGGAAGUCCAUGGCCAAUGAGAACGACAUCAUUACCCACUUCUCCAUGCAGGGCUCACCCCCUCUCUUCCUCUGUCUGCUGUGGAAGAUGCUGCUAGAGACGGACCACAUUAACCAGAUAGGCUUCAGGGUCUUGGAGCGUAUCGGGGCUCGCGCACUGGUGGCUCACGUGCGCACAUUUGCCGACUUCCUCGUCUAUGAGUUCUCGACUUCAGCUGGUGGACAGCAGCUCAACAAGUGCAUUGAAAUACUCAACGACAUGGUCUGGAAAUACAACAUCGUCACCCUGGACAGACUCAUCCUGUGUCUGGCGAUGCGUAGCCAUGAGGGCAACGAGGCACAAGUGUGUUACUUCAUAAUCCAGCUGCUGCUGCUGAAGCCCAACGACUUCAGGAACCGAGUCAACGAUUUUGUCAAGGAGAAUGCUCCUGAGCACUGGCUGCAGAGUGACUGGCACAACAAGCACAUGAGCUACCACAAGAAAUACCCAGAGAAGUUGUACUUUGAGGGUCUUGCAGACCAAGUCAACCCUCCCAUGCAGCUCCAGCAUCAGUACCUUCCCAUUUACUUCGGCAACGUGUGUCUACGCUUCCUGCCUGUCUUUGACAUCGUCAUCCACCGCUUCCUGGAGCUCCUUCCUGUCUCCAAGUCGUUGGAAACGCUGCUGGAUCAUCUGGGAGGGCUGUACAAGUUCCACGACCGUCCAGUGACCUACCUCUACAACACCCUUCACUACUACGAGCGACACCUGAGAGACAGAACCAACCUGAAGAGAAAACUGGUGCAUGCUAUCAUGUCUUCAUUGAAGGACAACCGAACCCCAGGUUGGUGCCUUAGUGAAACGUAUCUGAAGUUUGGCAUGAACCCCAGAGAAGACAACGUUUGGAUCCCUGACGACACCUACUACUGCAAGCUGAUUGGACGUCUGGUGGACACCAUGGCGGGAAAGUCACCUGGCCCGUUCCCCAACUGUGACUGGAGGUUCAACGAGUUCCCCAACCCCGCAGCGCAUGCCCUGCACGUCACCUGCGUGGAGCUGAUGGCUUUGGCCGUGCCGGGAAAAGAUGUCGGCAACGCUCUGCUCAAUGUGGUGCUAAAGAGCCAACCUCUUGUUCCCAGAGAGAAUAUCACAGCCUGGAUGAACGCCAUUGGACUUGUCAUCACUGCACUGCCUGAACCCUACUGGAUCGUUCUCCACGACCGCAUCGUGUCUGUGAUUGGUUCUCCGGCGCUGACGUCAGAGACGGAGUGGGCCGGCUAUCCGUUUGCCUUGCUGGACUUCACAGCCUGCCACCAGAGCUACAGCGAAAUGAACUGCAGUUAUGUGCUAGCGUUAGCACACGCUGUCUGGCAUCACUCAUCCAUCGGACAGCUGUCUCUGAUUCCCAAAUUUCUGUCAGAAACACUGAAGCCCAUCGUCCAGACAGAGUUCCAGUUACUCUACGUGUAUCACCUGGUCGGGCCGUUCCUGCAGCGCUUCCAGCAGGAGAGGACACGAUGCAUGUUGGAGAUCGGCGUGGCCUUCUACGAGAUGCUCCAGGCAGUGGACCAACACUGCCAACAUCUUAGCUACAUGGACCCAAUCUGUGACUUCCUCUACCACAUCAAAUACAUGUACACUGGAGAUAGUGUGAAGGAGCAGGUGGAGAAAAUCAUCAUGACUUUGCGUCCGGCCAUGAAGCUGCGACUGCGCUUCAUCACGCACACCAGCAAGAUAGAGACUUCAUCAUCAGCUGCCGCUGCUGCCGCCGCCGCCGCUGCCGCCGCCGCCUCCUCCUCCUCCUCCUCCUCCUCCGCCCCCACAGCCUCCUCCUCCACCCCUCAGCCCUCCUCGUCCUCCUCCUCUUCACUCUCGUCCUCCGCCGCCGCUGCCUCGCCCUCCUCCACGCAGCACACACACACACCUAUGUAGGCGGUAAACGCAAACAGACGGAGGUGCAAUCAUGACAGUGGACGGUUCACACACACACACACACAAAACCAGACGUACUUUCAGAAACAUUUUUGUGAUUAGUUGUUUUCUUGACUUGGAUUUUGCUCGAAAUAUAAAUGUUGAUUGUACUUUCACAAACUAGAACCCUGGAGGGCUGAUUGUGUUCCCUGAGCAUGAGUCUUGUUCAUAAGUGCAUAUAAACAUCCUUUUUCCCAGAAUCUCAACUCACAAAAUAAUAAAUCCAGGCUGAUUUUGUUGUCAGAGAAUAUUAAAAUGAAUUACUUCGACCUGGCACAGAGGUACCAAUAUAUGAAGCGUCUUCAGCAAAAAGUCUAGUGAAUUAUCAGGUCUGGUAUCUAUCAGACAGCAGCUCUGUCAGCAGUCAGGUGUCUUAAGGAGAAUCCCAUAAUGUAGCUUAUUUCUGUUAUUGUCAUGACAUUUUUAUUUUUCUGUUUGUAGUCAAUUUUUUAUAUUGUAUA